AAAGCCCAUCACCAGCAAACCCCAACAAAUCCAUUCAACAAUCAGCCGAGCUUUCCCACCCCUCAAAUUUAAGCAACAAAGGCUCAGCCCACCAUCAUCAAAACUCAGCACUCAAAACCUCCAUCCUCAUCUCUCAGAGCCCCAUCAAUGGCGGCGAACUCUCUCCUCCUCCUCCUCCUCUCUCUCCUCAUCUCCUCAUUCACCACAGCCACAUCCCAAACCGAGCAACAAAUCCUUCUUCAGAUCAAGAAAGACUUCAAUAACCCACCCUCUCUAUCCUCAUGGAACACUACUUCAACUUCGCAUUGCGAGUGGACCGGAAUCCAAUGCACCAACGGUUCUGUUACCGGUAUCUCCUUAUCGGAUCAAAACAUUACAUACCCGAUACCCCAUACCAUUUGCAACCUUAGCAAUCUCGCCUAUCUCGACCUGUCCUGGAAUUACCUCCCUGGCUCAUUUCCUACGUCCUUAUACAACUGUAACAAUCUCCAGUACCUUGACAUUUCACAGAAUCUCUUUGUCGGCUCAAUCCCCUCGACGAUCAAUCGACUUUCUAAUAAGCUCUAUCAUUUGAGUUUAUCCUCGAAUAAUUUCACCGGUGAUAUUCCCUCUUCGAUCGGUCAACUGUCUGCACUGCAAUACCUCUUGCUCGAUAACAACCUCUUUAAUGGAACGUAUCCAGCUGAACUGGGCAACUUACUGAAUCUUGAACAUCUAUGGCUCGCGAGUAAUCCUUUCUUACCUUCGCAGAUUCCUGCCGAAUUCGGGAGCAUGUCGAGUCUAAGUUUCUUGUGGAUGGCCUCGACAAAUUUACAUGGAAGUAUCCCUGAUACAUUUGGGAAGUUACAGAAUCUCGUACAGUUGGAUCUAUCGAUGAAUUCUCUUAGCGGGAGAAUUCCUGAAGGGAUUUGGAUGCUGAAGAAGCUUGAGAGGAUUUAUCUGUAUCAUAAUCAAUUGUCCGGGGCGAUCAGUGAUACUAAGGUGGGAGCUCAAGGGUUGACACAGGUCGAUCUGUCGAUGAAUAAUUUGACAGGCUCGAUCCCUGCAGGUUUUGGCAAGCUUCAGAAUCUGACGCUGCUCUCCUUGUACUACAAUCAGCUAUCAGGCGAGAUUCCUGCAGAAAUUGGGCUUCUUCCUUCUCUUACCAAUCUCAAGCUCUUCAGCAACAAAUUGACAGGUGUUCUCCCGCCUGAACUGGGGAAGCACUCAAAUCUCUGGAACCUGGAAGUCGAUGACAAUUCGCUCUCCGGUGAACUUCCCCAGUUCCUUUGUUCUAGAGGCAAUUUCACAUCGCUUGUCGUCUUCAACAACAAUUUCACUGGCAAAUUGCCGUCAUCACUCGCAACCUGUAAUACUCUGAACAACCUUAUGGUGCAGAAUAACAAUUUCUACGGCCAAAUGCCAGCUGGGCUUUGGUCGACGGCGGUCAAUCUGACGACUGUGAUCAUGCACCAUAACUCGUUUUCCGGCACUCUACCUGAAGAACUACCUUCUAAUCUGACGCGGUUGGAGAUCCAAGUCAAUAGAUUUUCAGGUAAUAUUCCAUCCGCUGCACAAAAGCUAGCGGUAUUUAAAGCCAGCGAAAACUUGUUUAAUGGUACCAUACCAGCGAAUCUUGGAAGUUUUUCUAGCCUGCAGAUUCUAUAUCUUGGUGGUAACAAGCUCUCGGGCGAAAUCCCCAACUCCAUAUCAUCUUUGAGAUUUCUCACCCAGUUUAAUUUGAGCAGUAAUCGUCUCUCCGGCGACAUACCAGCCAACAUCGGGUCUUUACGGGUGCUUAACACGCUUGAUCUAUCAGACAACCAGUUAACCGGUUCAAUUCCAGUUUCUCUGGGAAACAUGAAGCUCAACAUCCUCAAUCUCUCUUCAAAUGAUCUCUCGGGCGAAGUUCCUGUCCAAUUACAAAAUCAAGCCUAUGAUUACAGUUUUGUCUCUAAUCCAAGUCUCUGCUCAUCGAAUCCUCAAAUAAAUAUUCGCAUUUGCAGAGGAAAGAGUUCUGGUUCAGUCAAUCUUUCGACAGGUCUACUAAUUCUCUUCAUAAUUCUUGGGGCGCUUUUCUUUAUAGGCGCGGUCGUGUUGGGAUUUUUCGUGCUGAGAGAAUACAGAAAAAGAAAACUCAACAAUGACCGGAAGUCAUGGAAAAUGACCUCCUUUCACUUGGGUGAGCUCAAUGAGUCCAACAUUGCCAAAGGACUUACAAAUGAGAAUUUGAUUGGAAGCGGAGGAGCUGGAUUCGUUUACAAGAUCGUCCUCGGUAGGCGUACCGGAGAGACGAUAGCGGUCAAAAGGAUAUGCAACUCCCGGAAAAUGGAUUCCAAGCUGGAAAAGGAGUUUCAGGCCGAAGUCCAAAUCCUGGGCUCGAUUCGACAUGCAAAUAUUGUAAAAUUAUUAUGCUGCAUCUCGAGUCCCAACUCUAAGCUUUUAGUAUACGAGUACAUGGAGAACGGGAGCCUGGACGCGUGGCUCCAUUCUAAACGCCGAACGCGGGGUCCGCUGGCGGUCGGUGGUGAGCCCGGGCAGCCUGAGACACUGGAUUGGCCUGCGAGGUUGGCGAUAGCGGUCGGAGCCGCGAAGGGACUGUGUUAUAUGCACCAUGGUUGUUCUGUUCCCAUUGUGCAUAGAGAUGUGAAGGCUAGUAACAUUUUGUUGGAUUCGGAAUUUAACGCAAAGAUUGCUGACUUCGGGCUAGCUCGGAUGCUGGUAAAGGCUGGUGAGCCUGAAUCGGUCUCUGUUGUCGCGGGUUCUUUUGGAUAUAUGGCUCCAGAAUGCGGAUGGUCAAGCAAAGUGAAUGAAAAAGUCGACAUAUUCAGCUUCGGAGUGGUACUCCUGGAGCUAACCACCGGUAGGGAGGCCAACCACGGGGACGAACACAGUUGCCUAGCCGACUGGGCCUGGAAAAAUUUCAAAGAAGGAGGUAGCCUAAUCAACUUAAUUGACGAAAAGAUCAGAGAUCCAGCGUACACCGAUGAGAUUGAACUCGUGCUCAGGCUGGGGAUUAUCUGCACUGGUAGCGUCCCUGAACACAGACCGUCGAUGAAAGAGGUGUUGCAAGUCCUGCAGCGGUGCGAGAGGAGUUUUGAGAAUCGAGGGAGCAAAUCGCCAGAGGGAGGAGAGAAUGAUGUAGCUCCCCUUGUUGGAGUGAAAGGUGGUGGUGGUUACGGUGAUGAUUCUUGUGUUUGAGUUCUUCGUUGCAUCUUUUGAGUUAGAUUUACGUACACUAGUUGUACAGCUGAUCACUUUGAGGCUGAAUAGUGAGUGUAUAAUACAUAAGAUUUCGAUGAGAGUAUUUAAAUUUU